CUUCAUUUUUCGGAAUUUGCAAUUAAUUUUAUGUAAUGAAUAAACAGUGACUAGGUAUUGACUAAUUUACACUAAAAUCAAUCUGUUUAACAAUUCCUUUUGCACAAUGGGAAGUAAAAAUCGUUUAAAUAAAGGAAAACAAAAUGAGGUCAAUAUCAAUACAUCAAAUAAUUUUGAAAAAAAUACAGAAAUAACAGAGAAACGUACAAGCGAAGAUAGAGAAAUGGGUGAUGGAGCACCAGCAGAGUGUGAACUUAAAGAACACAGUGAAGUGACAAAUUUAAGAUUAGAAGGCAAACCUAUUCAAAGCUACUAUUUGAAUAUAAAAAUUGAUGUAGUCCUUAUAGCACUACUCUUAUUAGCCCUUUGUACCAGACUUUACAAUUUAAGUGAGCCUCAUUAUAUUGUGUUUGAUGAAUUACACUAUGGGAGGUAUGUUUCGCUAUAUACCAAGGGUGUUUUCUUUUUUGACGCCCAUCCACCUUUGGGCAAGCAGUUGCUUUACUUAGCAGGCCGAGCUGCUGGAUAUGAUGGAAACUUUACCUUUGAUAGAAUUGGAUCACCCUACAAUGAAGGAGUGCCAGUAAAAGCAUUAAGACUUUUACCUGCCAUUAGCGGAAGUUUAAUAGUCCCGCUAACUUAUCAGUUAAUGUUAGAAUUUAAUACAUUUCAAUGGACUGCAAUAUUAGCAGCUCUGCUGGUUUUAUUUGAAAACUCUUUUUUAACACAAUCAAGAUUUAUGUUGUUAGAGAGCAUUCAAAUACUGUUUGGUAUGUGCGGCAUUUACUGUGUAAUCAAGAGCACACGAAGCAGAAGUAUUUCGGCUGUUUUGUGGCUAGCUUUUGGCGCAAUGUCACUUGGUUGUUGUUUCUCAGUGAAAUAUUCUGGACUGUAUACAUAUUAUCUAGCCAUAUUUUUAGUUGGUAGGCAAAUGUGGAAGAAAUUGAGCCAGAAAGACUCCUGUUUGUGGCUAACAAUAUCAACGGUUUGGAGGUUUUUAACCUUCAUCAUAAUACCCCUGAGUGUAUAUGUUGGUGUAUUCUACAUUCAUUUAGCUAUGCUCCCGAAAGCUGGCCCACACGAUAGCGUGAUGACGAGUGCCUUUCAGGCCACACUACAAGGUGGCCUAGCUAGCAUCACUCGAGGCCAACCUUUACACGUCGCCCACGGUUCACAAAUAACCCUAAGGCAUUCGCACGGGCGUACUUGCUGGCUGCACUCGCACGCGCACGUGUACCCGGUGCGGUAUGCGGACGGGCGCGGCUCGUCGCACCAGCAGCAGGUGACCUGCUACAGUUUCAAGGACGUCAACAACUGGUGGAUCGUGAAGCGGCCGGAGCGCGCCGCCCUCGCCGUGGGCUCGCCGCCCGACGUCAUCCGGCACGGCGACACCGUCCAGCUGCUGCACGGCAUCACCAGCCGCGCUCUUAACUCGCACGACGUCGCCGCACCCGUCUCCCCUCAGUCGCAGGAAGUCUCUUGCUACAUCGACUACAACGUGUCGAUGUCGGCGCAGAACUUAUGGCGGGUGGAGAUCGUGAAUCGCGAGGAGGAGCGAGCGACGUGGGACGGUAUCCGCUCGCAGGUGCGGCUCGUGCACGCGGGCUCCGGCGCCGCGCUGCGCUACACCGGCCGCCAGCUGCCCGCCUGGGGCUUCCACCAGCACGAGGUGGUCGCCGACCGCGCUCUCGACCACCGCGACGUGCUCUGGAACGUCGAGGAACAUCGGUAUACUAAAGCCGAGGACCGACGGGAAAGAGAGAGGGAGCUGGUGAGCGCCGAGAUGAUACCCACGAGCGUGCCGCAGCUGUCUUUCUGGCAGAAGUUCGUGGAACUGCAGUACAAGAUGGCGGCGCACGCGGCGGACGCGCCGCUCGGACACAUGUUCGCCAGCGAGCCGCUCGACUGGCCGCUGCUCGUGCGAUCCAUCGCCUACUGGCUCUCGCCGGAUUCCAAUGCCCAAGUACAUCUUAUAGGAAACCUUGUAACUUGGUACUCUGGGACGGUGUCGGUGGUGCUCUACGCCGCAUUGCUCGCUUUAUACGCAAUGCGAUCGAGACGUGCUUGUGAAGACUUGCCCAGCUACGCGGCUCAGAAAUUCGAAGACGCAGGUUUUGUAUUGUUUCUCGGUUACUGGAUACACUACUUACCAUAUUUUUUCAUGGACCGUACUCUAUUCCUUCAUCACUAUUUACCCGCCUACAUGUUCAAACUACUCUUGUUAGCUUUUGUUAUCGAUCAUAUUUUUUUGGUCCUAAAUAUUCGUCGCAGCACGAGAAGCCUCAAUAAUGUUUUCCUCGUCGGUGUGUCUGUGUGGAUGGCUUAUAUUCUCAUUACGUUCAAGAAAUUCUCGAUAUUAAGUUUCGGGAAUAGCGAUUUAACUGAAACUGACCUUUUGAGUCUGAGGUGGAAAGAUACUUGGGACUUUAUACUACACAAAAAAGGCUAAUUUAAUAUCGUAACCUGAAAGUUUUCAUAAUAAGAUAAUUAAAUCAAGAUGCAGCCAUAAUAAGCUGCUUUAUUAGCCAUGGUGGGGUCAUAUUAUAAAAUACUGCAUAUUAAGUAAAAUAAAUAAGA